AGUGCCGCUCUACCACCAUGGCUCGCUCCACGUGCACCACCGCUUCCACCGCCUUCGCCCUGCUCUGUCUGCUCGGCUGCGUCGCCGCCGCCAACCUCGCCGACUAUGUCGUGCCGUGCAAGAGCAAGGACCCCGGCCUCAACGAGUGCGUCCGGCAGGCCGCGCAGGACAUCAUCGUGAAGGGCGCCAAGGGCAUCCCGGAACUCGGCAUCCCCGUGCUGGACCCCGCGAAGGUGGGCAAGCUGGAGCUGGAGAGGAACGGUGCCCUGACCAUGAGCCUCGUCUUCAACAACUCCACGCACUACGGGCUGGCCGGCAUCAAGAUCCGCAGCGCCAGCGUCGAUCCCAGAAACAAUGUGUACAACUUCUCGGUGCUGAUCCCGCACUACGUCGUGUCCGGGGAGUACGACAUCAACGGCAGGGUCAUCUUGCUGCCAAUCAACGGCCGCGGCCAGGCCAACCUCACUUUCACCAACACGGAGGCCGAGUGGAGCUUCUCCGGCGUGCAGGAGCAGAGGGACGGCCAGACCUUCCUCCGCCUGGACAAGCUCGUCACCAGGAUCCACGACGACUCCCCCAAGAGGGUGCAGGUUCACUUCGACGGACUGUUUGGCGGCAACAAGCUCCUCGGCGACACGAUGAACAACUUCAUGAACACCAACUGGAAGGAGAUCACCCAGCAGCUCAAGCCCAGCGUGGACGCGAGCUUCAGGCGCCGCAUCCUGCCCGUCGCGCAGCGCAUCGUGUCCAACUUCCCCCUCAGCCAGCUCUUCAGCGACCUGUAACGCACCGACCUCGACCGCUAGAGAGUCUUUAUGCGAGUGCUGUAAAAAUGUGUUGUCACUUCAUGACAAAAUCGUGUAUGACAUUUUCAUCUCCUUGGAAUUCACUGUAAAAAAUUCCGUACUUUUGUACCGAAAUGGUACAGAAAAAUAUAGUACGG